AUAUCUGCCAAGACUGUCGUGGAAGAAACAUCUCUUCUUCGUUCGUUCGUCCGUGUGGUGCGCCGACGAUCACGCAGCAGUAGUAAUUUUUGCAAUUUUCAUUCGGAAACGGUAACAAGAGGAUCUUGCACAUUUUGCAUUGGACGCGCGCGCGAGUGUGUUAAUAUAAGAUUGCAGACUUGAUCGCCCGUCUGCCAUUUGGAUGUUUAGUUUUUAAGUGUGGAAGUUGUGAAUUUGUUUCAAGUCCCAGAAACUUGUCAAGACUGGGAAGAAGCUGUGAGUUUUGUGAAGACAGCGAAAUUAGUGAAAACAGUACAACGAAAACUACUGGUCAAAACGUGGGUGUUCAAUCAGAAGUGUGAAGCAAUCAAAUCAGUCGGAUGAAGCGAACGAGAGAUUCAGUGGCUUGUUUUUGCAACUGAAAGAGUGAUGAAAUGAUUGUAAAUGGAUUAUGUGACCGAAUCGGAUGGAAAAGUGCCUUUGGAAAAAUCCAGCGAGAAAAAAUAAGUGCAAUUUAAGAUUUUAAGGAGAACAAACCAACAGUGAGAAGAAGCUAAAGAACUGAAGCAAGCAGCGAGAAGGAGCACUAGCCCAAGCUGAAACAUUUACACGACUCAGACCGUGGCGGCGAGGAAACUGCACUCGAAGCUCAAGAUCACAACCCGCAAUGGACCGCCGGUUGUCGUCCCAUUCGGACUCAUCCCAGGAACCGAUGGACAUUAGCUCCUCGAACCGGACGGCCAACAACAGCAGCAGCACCGAUGCCAACAACUCCUCCCUGAACAACCACCAACACCACCACCAGCACCACCAUCUCCUCAGCAAAGCCCUCCAGCUGCACCACCACCACCACCACCACCAGCAUCAAACCAGCGCCGAUUCGGACAAUGUCGACUCGGACGACGACCAGCAGCAGCACCAGCCGCCGCGACAUUCGGUGCUGUUCCAAGCGCGGCACAAUGCCCGCAGCGACAACCUGCACCAGCUGAUGGACAACAUGCUGAGACGGAAGUUCCAAAGUCUGAACAACAACAACUAUGGCAGCGGCGGCACCACGCUGUUGCAGCAGCAACUAGCGGCGGCGGCGGCCAACGUGGAAAACAACAAUCACGAACCGACGGAGGGCGACGGCAAGCGGUACGUGUGCCCGAUCUGCGAAACAAUCUCCAUGACCAAGCAUGACUUUACGGAGCACAUUCGGUCGCACAACAACAGCAAAUCCGGAUCGUCCGGCGACAAUGGGGACGGGCAGUUCGUCUGCAAAAUCUGCUCCAAGGUGCUCUCUUCGGCCUCUUCGCUGGAUCGGCACGUGCUGGUCCACACCGGUGAGCGGCCGUUCAACUGCAAGUACUGCAAUCUAACGUUCACGACCAACGGGAACAUGCAUCGGCACAUGCGAACCCACAAACAAUCGGAACGGGAGAGCUACGAAAGUGACGGAUCAACGGAUAGCGGCGGAAGCAGCGGUGCCAGCAGCGGACUGGCCAACAACAACAACAAUAGCUACAACAGUAACUACGAUGGGGAGGGAAAGCGGAAGAACUCGGACGAAAAUGUGCAUUACAAGCGGAAGAUCCGAACCAUCAACAAUAACAACAUCCUGGACGGAAGCGUGACGGAGGGUGUCCAGAAGUUCUGCUGCCCGGUUUGUAUCCGGAACGACUUCUCCAGCAUGGUGAGCCUGGAGAAUCACAUGGACCGGGAACACCCGCAGAUUCCGGCCAAGUGCAGACACUGCGAGGUCGUGUUCAAGAGCUACAAGGCCCUGAAUGCUCAUCGGUGCGGCAACAACAACUACCAGAACAUUACGCCCGGCUUCAAGGAUUUGACGUUUGUCGAUUUCUCGAGCGAAAAGUUUCCGCUCAUUGCGAAGAGCGUCUGCGAGCAAAGCAUCCGGACCCCGGUCACGAGUCAGAAGUUUGAAUGUAGCAAGUGCUAUCGGGCAUUCCCGUGCUCGAAGACGCUGGAGAUGCACGUGAAAGAUUGCGGUCUGUUGGAGAACACUUUCAACAGCACGGGGGCGAAGCGGAAAUGGAAGACCAGCGAGGGUUCUUCGGAGGAUGAUCUCAAACGGGAUGAUUUCUUCGCCAAUCUGGACCUUCAGAACAAAUCCAUGUCGACGAACAUGUCGUCGAAUGUGUCGGAAGCACCGACGACGCCGUCGUCGUUGGACAAGUCCUUCUCUUCGCCCAUCAUGUCCCGGGAAAUCAAGCAGGAACCGACCUACUACCACCACAGCGGCGCAAACUUCCCCCCUCAACAGGACACCAAAGAUCUCGCCGACAUCCAGUCGAUCAUCAAUGUAACCUCCUCGGGAAGCUUCUUCCGUCAGUUGGACAAAGAUCCGUACCCUCCGCUCAAGGAUGAAGAAGAAGCUCAGGAUGCCUUCACGGCAGAGUUCCGCAAGAUGAAACUCCGCGGCGAGUUCCCUUGCCGACUGUGUACCGCCGUGUUUCCGAACCUGCGCGCCCUCAAAGGGCACAAUCGAAUUCACGUUUCAGCCGCCGGCCCUGGACCGUACCGCUGUAACAUGUGUCCGUACAUCAUCAACGACAAAGCCACCCUCAUCCGUCACAUGCGAACCCACAAUGGGGACCGCCCGUACGAAUGCGCCCUUUGCAAUUACGCCUUCACGACCAAGGCAAACUGCGAACGCCAUCUGCGGAAUCGCCACGGGCGCACCAGCCGGGAUGAAGUCAAACGCGCCAUCAUCUACCACCCGUCGGAAGAUUCGUCCUGCGACGAUCCGCUCAAGAAGCUGCAAAUGUUCAACACUCCACCGGGCGACUUCGAUCGGGAUUCCAUGGAUGACCAACCAACGGACCGAAGCACUCCGGUUUCGCACCUCAAGGACAUGCUGAUGCCCAUUCCGAUGAGCCUAGUCACCAAAAUAGACAACAACCCGAUGCCAACGACUCCGGCCAAGAUCCAGGUCAAGAGUCUGGAGAAGCUAAAUCAACUGACUCCGCCGCAGGAGCAAGACUACGAUAAGGACCCGGCAGAAACGCCAACGAUUCCACCGACGACGGAAACGGCACGGCCCAUAGAUCUCAGCAUGGAUGCUUUGGAUCUCAGCAAGAAACCGGAACCGAUCACCCGCCGCGAGCAUGAUGUCGAUUCCGACGAUCAGCGUUCGGAUGCCGAGGAUGAAGACGAUGACGAUGAGGACGACAAUGGCCACCGGGACGACGAUGCCGAAGAUGAAGACGAGGAAGACCAGCAGCAACCUGCCAAGAUGCCAAAGCUGGAUCUGUCCCUCCUGGAGAAGAAUCAACAGCAGCUGCAGCUGAUGCAGCAGAAACUCUUCAGCGAAGCUCUGUCCAAGAUGGACCCCGCCCACUACUUCCAGCUCAGUCAGCUGUACAGCCGGUUCGGCUUCCCGGCCACGCCAUUCCCACUGCAUCCGCUGUUCCUGCAGAACCCUCUCCUGUGCGCUCCAGGAGCCCUCGGUGACCUGAAAAACUUCUUCCCCAAAGAGUUCCCCAACAUGUUGCCACAAAUGUCCGGUGGAAGCCUCAUCGGAAACCCGUUCCAUUCGCCAUCCGAAUCGCCCAAACAGCAGGAUCCCUGCCAACCGCAGCAGCAACAAUCCCAACCACACUCGUCGAUUCCUCUGUCCGUGAAUGCCAAUCACCACUCACCGGUGGCGUCGAAACAUGCUCAACCAUCGCCGCAAGGGUUGCCAAAUCACCACCAGAACAAAGCCCUUGGGCACCCACAGCAGGCGCCACCGCCACCUCCUCCGCCCCAAAUGCCACCGAUUCCCCUCGGAAACGGACCCGUCAAAAUGGUCAUCAAGAACGGAGUCCUAAUGCCAAAGCAGAAGCAACGCCGCUACCGUACCGAGCGUCCCUUUGCCUGUGAACACUGUUCAGCCCGGUUCACACUGCGAUCGAACAUGGAGCGCCAUAUCAAACAGCAACAUCCGCAGUACUGGUCCCAACGGCAACGCGGCGGGCACCACAUGAUGCGAGGACGCGGAGCAAGCCACUCGGGAAUGAGCCAAGGUCUACCACCGCAGCAUCAUCACCCAUCAUCGAUGACGGCAGCAGCUGCGGCAGCAUCGGCAUUCGGAGGCAUUUCCGAGCAGGUCAAGUACGCCAUCUUGGCACAGCAGUCGGGUAAGGCUGGUCAUGGUGGCGGUCGAACGGCGGAAGCCAGCGGGAUGAGUAGCAUGCUGCAGAAUAUCAUUGCUCAAGGACAGAAUCCGUACCAGGCGCUGCAGCAACAGGAGCAUCAGCAGCGAAUGCAGAUGGAGAUGCAGCAGAAGGUUCAGCAAAAGCAGCAACAUCAGUCACAUCAGCCGAGGUUGGAGGGAAGACCAAGUGCCAAUCAUAGCAGCAACAACAACAACGGGCACGGUGCAGAUGAUGAAGAGGAGGAAGAUGAGCGGGAGCUGGUCAUUGACGAGGAAUUUCAACCGGAGGAUUUGAGCAAAGGAAACGAGUCGGAGGAUGAGAAGGUGGUCAAGCGGGAAAGUCCGGUGUUCCAGCAUCAGAUACUGAAGCAGAAGCUGGAGGAGAGCAAGGACCAGAGGCAGCAGGCGGCGAAGGCCGUGGCCGAAGGGAUUCUCGAGCAGGCGAUGCGUCAGCGAAAGGAACUCGAGAGGGAGAAUGAGAAGGAAUCGGAAGCAGCGGCCGCCAAGGAGGUCGAUAGCGGAAAGGAAGAAGGCGAUUUGGUGUCCGUUUCCAAGUUGGUGGACAACGCAACUAACGUUGCGUUUGAGAACUAUUUUAGCAGACCUGAGGUUCCGCUGUCCCAGGAUCAGAGCGAUGAGGAGGGCUUGGUGGCGUCCGGGUCGGCAUCGGAAAGCAACAACUCGGGAACGGAAGAUCCCAAUCCGUCGUCGAUUUUGCUGAAGAAGAAAUCCGCCUACAGUUUGGCCCCGAACCGGGUCAGCUGUCCGUACUGUCAGCGCAUGUUCCCGUGGUCCAGUUCGCUGCGGCGCCACAUCCUCACGCACACCGGCCAAAAGCCAUUCAAAUGUUCUCAAUGUACGCUUCUGUUCACUACCAAGUCCAACUGCGAUCGGCACUUGCUGCGAAAGCACGGUGACGUCGAAUCGGCCAUGUCGAUUCCGGUUCCGAUCGACGAUCUGUUGGAUCCGAAACCGGAACCCAUUCCGGUUGCCGUUGCCGAAGCCAUUGCCAAAUCGAAAGCCACGCCACCAACUUCCCGCCCAGUCAGCCCCAGGCCCCAUCCUGCUCAACCCACGGAAGAACCGAAGACCGCCGCCGCUAACGAACCGGAACCGGAAGAACCUGAACCAAUCCCAUCGCCAGAUCCACCGCAAAUCAAAGAAGAACCUACCGCCGGCGACGAAGAAGCUCACACAUCCGUCGAUGACUCAACGAUCCCUCCGAUCAAUUCGGAUCUCCCGUUCAAGUGCCACCUGUGCGACAGUUCCUUCGCCGAUCGCGUUACGUGUUUGGACCACAUCAAACAAGCACACGUCCACGACUUUGCCCUCCUGAUGAACAAGGUGACUCUGGAGGCGGAAAGCGAAGCGCCCUCCGCCUCGCCCGACGACGACGAAAGUGGCAACAAUGGCGAAGGUCGGGGCGGAAAGUAUCCCGACUACGCCAAUCGGAAGGUAAUUUGCGCCUUUUGUCUGCGUCGCUUCUGGUCGACGGAAGAUCUGAGGCGCCAUAUGCGUACGCAUUCCGGCGAGCGGCCGUUCCAGUGCGACGUCUGCCAGCGCCGGUUCACCCUGAAGCACAGCAUGUUGCGUCACCAGCGGAAGCACAAGUGUGGCCGCCUCAACGGGAGCCUCUCGAAGGCCACAUCCGACGUGAGUGAUGACGAGCAGGAUGUCCCCUUGAUUCACCUCCCAACGGCGGCGGCGGCGGCAGCAGCAGCAGCAGCAGCGGCGGCCGUUACCCGCUCCAAGUCGCUCCUGAGCCAGUCGGAUCUGAUCGGAAACCUGCUCGGCAUCAACGAUCAGAGCAUCCUCAACCGGAUGCUGCUCGGAUCCGCCUCGGAAGCGGCCAAACUGCUCGGCGUGGAGAAGUAAGUUCAACCGGUAGCCGCCGGUGUUUGUUCAGCGAAAAGCAGAUUCUAGUCAUUUACUUUGUAGAAGCAAAAGCAAAAACCGAGCAAUUCAGUUUGUGUUACGAUUUCCCAUUCCACGAAACGAUUGAUCUUUGCGAAGCAUGCGUGCGUGUAAAUAGAUUUCCUUUCUUUAAAAAAAAGGCGAAAAGCUAACGCUUUCCCAUACCCGACACAGCGAGUUGGUGUCGAGUUGAGUCCUCGAAUAAUAUUCUCUUUACAGCGGUACGCGCGAUUGCAGUCGGAUCGCCAGAUUCCACACACAAAAUAAUUGAGUUAAUUUAGCUCCGUAAUUUUUAAAACCAAGCCUUAUCAACAUCGAAAAUCAAAAACAAAUAGCGAGUAAGGGUUGUGUAGUGUGGUAGGCCUAUUUAUUAAACUUAUUAGAGAGACUUAAACUCCUUCGAGGGAUCGCUCGCAUUUGCGAUCCGAUGUGUAAUUUAUACUAGGAUAACUAGCAGGAGCAGAGAGCAGCCUUUUACGCAUGAACCGAAGUGGCUUAGUAACGAGUAGCUGAUAUUGUACUUAAAACAAAAGCGCCCACCGCUCAUGUCCGCGGUGGGGGCAGUACAGAAAAUCAAAAUUUGUUGUAGGAUUUAUUGUAUAGGCCGUUUGUUGCACUGAACGAAAACAGCAUGCUUUUUUUACUAGCUUAGUUAAGUGUUCUCUCUUACCAUUUUUUUUUUAAAUUUGUUUUUACCUCAGUACAUUCGUGUAAGUCAGCGUUUUCAAAAGACUGUUUUAUUCUCUUUAUACAGCAAGACAAAUGCUUAACUUAAUUUUAGAUGUAACCAUGAUAGGUAGAUUAUUUUACAGAAGAAAAAAAAAGAAGAACCAAACAACUGCUUAAUUUUAAAACGAAUAGGUUUCCCAUUGCUUUUAUCACCAAUAAGGUUUUCCUUUUUAUACACAAAGUGUGUGUUUGUGUGCAUAUUAGCAUGUAGUUCUUUAAUUUACCAACCCACAAACAGAAAUGAUGUGCCUCUUGUAGAAACACGAAAGAUUUUUAAUCAUUCCUCUUAAAUAGCCAUGUAAGAAAUUCCGGGCUCUGAGCCUUUCCAGAAGCAGCAGCAGGCGUUCGUUUGCUUGUUUGUUCUCCCCCCACCUCAAAAAUCCCACAAUUCUUUUUCUUCAGUAGUUGUACAUACAAGUACUUAAUUUUUGUGUUCUAUUUUAAUAUUUUUUGUUUUUGUUCUUAGAAAUUGAUUCGCGUGUGAAAAGACUAAACGAAACAAUAUACAGCAGAUAACCAAAGUUGCGAAAGACGAAAACCGGAAGCUUAGUAGCGGUGCGGUUCCAGUUCUCCACAGUGAACCGCACACGAAAUGAAGGAGAACAUUUUUUCGAGUGCAAUUCAAAGCAAAGAGAACGACUUUUUAACUUAUGAAAAACAAAACAAACAAAAAAGUGGAAAUCCCAAAGAUGAAAAAAGAAAAAAACCCUAAUUUUACUAGUAGAGAAAAUAGCCCUGAUAUGUGUAAUAAAUAAAGCAAAAAACUAACAAAUCGAAACAACGCAAAAAAGUCCUUUCUUAAGCUAGGAAACGAAUAAAAAUAAAACUUCAAGUGCCAUCUGACGAAGUGCGUGCGAAGACAAGAGAAAGUUUGCUCAGUUGAUAGAGUGUAUCCUUUCCUGAUCAAAAGAAUAAUCAGUUGUUUCCGUUUUUUUUUUUGCUGUUUUUGCCUGAUAGUGGACAAAGUUCAUGAGAAAUCAAUUACGAAAAGAAAAAGAAAAAAAAAUGCAACGAAUUAUAAGCAAAUGAAAAUUGCCUUUCCGUUUUCUAACGAGCGAAAUGUGAGGGGCGAGUUUCUUCUAGCAACUAGAACUAAUCACGAUGACAAAUUGAAGCGUAAGAAAUUCCAGCAAACGUAAAACAGCAAAUCAGUCCAUACAGCAAACAAAAAAAAAAUAAAGGACAAGAAAAACAACAUAUAUAAAUUAUUGAACAAUAUUACAUUUUAGUGCAUAUUACUAAAUUCUUAUUUGAAAUGAAAACAAAAGGAAAUAUGUCAAAUAAAAAUACGAUUGAAAUAAAAACCUAACUUAAACAUAGUUACUUAUAUAUUAUAUAUAUGAAUAAACAUGAUCUAUGAUUGAAAUAUAUCAAUAAACUUUUGAAAAGAUA